AUGUCUUCGCCGGAUGGAGCAAGUGCCACCGGCGGCGGAAGCGGCCGGCCUCGACGCGCCUCGUCGGCCGCAGCCACCGUCGACCCCGUGCUGCGCAACGCCCUGCGCUAUACCGUAUCGCCGCGCGAGUACGCCGCGCUGCACAAGUACAUUAUCGCGCGCUCCAAGACGCUGCGGCGCAGCGCGCCCACGCCCGCCGCCGUCGAGAAGAGCCUGGCCCCGACGCCGGGGAGCGCCGCGAGCGACUACAAUGCCAAGGCGGUGCGGCACGCGUUGCGCGUGUUUGUGACGUCGUGGGUCGGGAUGAAGGGCUACGAGCUCGUUAGCAGGAAGCUUUCCAAAGAUGGCAGCAAACCCGCACAGAAGCAACCGUUUUACAAGUCACCUGCCCUCCGACUCUCCCUCUCUCUGUCGAGCAUCCUCUUUCUCUACCGCCUGCUCUUCCGCUUCCUGACGCGCCUCCGCGCCCACCUCCUCGAGCCGUCCGUCGAGCCCUUUCGGCGGCGCAACCCGCGCACCGCCGCGGCCCUCACAUCAGCCUACGCGCCCGCCGUCGGCGCCUCCUUUGCCGGCCUGGCCCUCGGCAUCUACCCGUCGCCGCCGAUGCGCGCCGGCGUCGCGCUCUGGCUGCUCUUCAAGGCCGCCGAGUACGGCUGGGACUUGGCCGAAGGCGAGGGCCGGAUCUGGGGCACCACCGCGCAAGGACGCAAGCGCGAGAGGCCGUGGUGGUUUGGCAGCUGGCUGCUGCAGCCGCUCGCGUUUGGCCAGCUGCUGCACGCGGCCGUCUUUGAUAACGACUGCUUCCCGCAGAGCUAUGGCAAAUUUAUCUGGGGCAACUCGCCCGUGUAUCUGCAUGGCCGUCCAGAGGGAUACCCGGCGAACCUGGCGUGGCCUAGCAAGGACGACGUGGUAGCUAGUCUGUCCGAGAUGGCACGGCUAAACUGGCCGGCUUUCAUCUCGCCAACCAUGUUUCCCAACAAAAAGAACAUUCUACCACCUACAGUCACCGCAGUCUCACCUCUGACGUCCCAGGCGCACCCGCUCAUCACGUCCCUCUCCUGCGCCGCUCUACAUCCCAGCGACCCGUCCUGCACGCGCACCUACCUCACCUUUUGGCUGCAGUCUUUCCCGCCCGUCGCCCGCUUCUUCGUGCUCUUCUACUCUGCCAUGACCGUCAUCCCCGGCUUCCGCCGCUUCUACCACAACCCCGUCGCGGGCUUGCAGCGCAUCCUCUCGCGCUCCGCCCGCAUGACCGCCUUUGUCACGGGCUCGCUGUCCACCGCCUGGGCCUCCAUCUGCUUCUUCCAGACGUACCUCCCGCGACACUUGCUCGCCACGCAGCGCUUCUUCCUCGGCGGCUUCGCGGCCGGCCUGUGGGCCUGGAUCGAGCGCCGCCACGGCCGCAUGGCGUUCUUGUACAGCGCCCGCGCGAGCGUAAACUCGCUCUGGAAGGUGGGCGUCAAGCGCCGCUGGUGGCGCGCCGUCAAGGGCGGUGAUUUGUGGGUGUUUGUGCUCGCGCUCAUGAUGACCGGCGUCGUGUAUGAGCGCGACGCAAAGGCCAUUCAGCAAAACUCGUUCCGCAAGGGCGUCAGCUGGGUCCGCGGCGAGGGAUGGCGAGACUGGGCCAUUGAGGAGGAUGAGGAGGAGGAGGAGGCCAAGGACAAGGACGAGUAA